AUGUGUAAGCUCAUUUUAGCUUUAUACGUCGACAUUGGACUGGCAUCUUCAGACGAUGAAGAGCUGAUUGAUGCAUCUAUCGACGUGUUACAGUCCAAAUUUAAGAUAGUUUCGAAGACAGCAGACCAAUUCCUUGGUAUUCGAAUAUCCCGAUCAUCUAACGGAGAUAUUUCCUUGGAUCAAUUGCUGUAUAUUGAGAAACUCACAAAGCAAUUCGGAAUAGCUGGCUUUGGCGCAUUAUCAAGAUCCCUGGAAAAUCCAUCACCCAAAGAUGUUAGUUGUUUGAAGCGUGUUACUCGUUACUUGAACAGUACGAUAAACUUCAAGUUCGUGUACAAAUUCGAUCCAACUGUCAAACAGCUAGAAUGUUACAGUGACGCAGAUUUUGCCGGUUAUCCUGCUACAUCUCGAUCGACAACUGGCAUUCUGAUCAAGUAUGCUGAUGCGGUGAUUUCCUGGAUCAGCAAACGACAGCAGUUGGUAGCUGACUCGAGUUGCGAUGCUGAAUUGAUCACUGCUAACGAAACAUCAAAGGAAACCAUCUGGAUUUCAAGAUUAUUUCGAGAAUUAAUCAAUCUGUCCGACGUUCCUGUGCAGGGCUGUUAA